UCAGCCCCUUGGGCUGAGGGUUCUAUAAAAGCUGAGCAGAGCUCUCAUUAGUCCAGCUCCCUGAGGGCUUGCCACCUGCCGGCUCACCUUCUCCAGCAUCCUGUGCUCCCUGCCGCCUGAACCAUGAUCAGGAAGGUCCUCAUCUUCUCUACCUGGUUUGUCCUGGCUGGGACUUUCCCCUUAAUACUCCCAAACAUUGACUAUCAUGCAGACAUGUUCAAGCACUCAGAGUUACAACCUGAACUAAAUUCAAUCAUUGACCCAGAAUCACCCACUGACCUGGACCUCGCUGAUGCUUCAGAGUCACUCACUGCCCUGGACCUUGCUGAUGCUUUAGGGUCACUCACUAACAAGGACCUCGCUGGUGCCGUAGAGUCACCCACUGCCCUGGACCUCGCUGGUGCUUUAGGGUCACUCACUAACAAGGACCUCGCUGAUGCUUUAGAGUCACUCACUAACAAGGACCUCACUGAUGCUUUAGGGUCACUCACUGACCUGGACCUCGCUGAUGCUUCAGAGUCACUCACUAACAAGGACCUCGCUGAUGCUUUAGGGUCACCCACUGACCUGGACCUCGCUGAUGCUUUAGAGUCACUCACUAACAAGGACCUCGCUGAUGCUUCAGAGUCACCCACUGCCCUGGACCUCGCUGAUGCUGUGGAGUCAUCCACUGCCCUUGACCUCACUGAUGCUGUAGAAUCAUCCACAGCCCUUGACCUCACUGAUGCUGUAGAGUCAUCCACUGCCCUUGACCUCACUGAUGCUGUAGAAUCAUCCACUGCCCUUGGCCUCACUGAUGCUGUAGAAUCAUCCACUGCCCUGGACCUCACUGAUGCUGUAGAAUCAUCCACUGCCCUGGACCUCACUGAUGCUGUAGAAUCAUCCACUGCCCUUGACCUCACUGAUGCUGUAGAGCCAUCCACUGCCCUGGACCUCACUGAUGCUGUAGAGUCGACCACUGAUGUUUAUUUGGAGAAUACACAGGCUUUGGGAUUGUCUACCGAAGUGGGGUCAGCUAUCCCCAGCAUAAUGGGAGAAGCCACUGAGGCGGCCACAGAAAAUGAAGCAGAUUCUCCAUCGGCUGCAAUUUGACUCUCCUAACCACAAUUUUCUAAGAAGACUCUGAGCUUCUGCACAAGCCCGCUGUUCUAUUAUAGGAGCUUGAAUAAUCCGAAAAGACCCGUGAGCCUUAGUAUAUACCCAGCUAAGGAUAAACACAGUGGAAUUGUCCACAGACAGAGGAUGUGCACAUUUCUGAACCAUGUCCAUUUAAUAUGAGACCAAUAAAUGU